AUGGAUGAAGGUCUUGUUGGCACAGCCGGCAAAUUCGAGCGUACGCAUGGAAUAACUGCAAAUGCGGCCGACGGAGUACAUAUUGCGUCAACCACCCCUGGGUCUAACGGACAAUACCUCACUCGCGAGUCUGCACUACAGAUCAUUAGCGAGGAGCCUUAUGGGCCGUAUUUCUCUCUUCCAAGAGACCCUUCAACGGAUUCACCAUCAGCUGGCCUCUCGCGGCGGGGAACCACCAAAGAGCUCAUUGGUCGUUUCGAGUCUAUGUCACCCACGAAAGCUCCGUCGGGUCAUCGACUAGAAACACCCAGCUUACGUCCCGGCGCAUAUCCUGCAAUCGAGAAGACAAACAAGCGCUCGCCCAUACGACAAUCGAUCCGGAGCUUCCUGUCGGUUUUCAAAAAGAGUACUGGCAAGACUGCCGGGGAGCUCUCCACUGUUGCUGGGCGCGUAGGCGGGCAAGUGCUCCAAGAGCGUAUCAACUCUUCGCGAAUAAGCGUAUCUACUUCCCGCGACCGUCCUUCGACGCUUAGCGUACCGCGAGUCAGUGAACUUGAAAUUCGGGGGCCUCUCAACAUAUGCAAGACACCUAUCUCGCCUACGACUGCUCGCCACUCUGGGCCGGUUCUCUACCUGUCUCGCCCACCGACGUCCUCUGCGGGUUUACACCCGGUCUGGACGCACUGCACGGCGAUGCUGCACAGCACUCACCUCCUGCUAACUUCGGAGACUUCGGGCGGUCACCCUUCAACGAACAUCAUCGCAUUCCGGGAAUGCGCCGAUGUGCGCUCGUUAUCCUCGACGGAACUGGACCCGAGCGAGCGAGCGAUGUUGCCGUCGCAGAGCGCGGAAGGUGGUGACCGUCAGGUCUGGAAGAUAUUUGAGCUCCAGUUUGAGGGGCGGCCAAGGGAGAAGCUCGCUGUCCGCUCCGUCGGAGAGCGAGCGGCGUGGGUGAGCAAGAUAUGGGAUGCAAUACUGGAAGCCCAAGAAGAGCGAAGUGAGGCAGCAAGCAUUGCGGUCAGGCGCACCCAGUCCGUCAUGGCCGCCAGCAAUGGAGCUGAGAACACCACUGGCACUGACCCUCGCUCAGCUGCAAGCGGGCGUAGCAGUGCCAUGUCUGCUCGCUCGACUAUCACAGCAGGAUCUACCCUCAACGUGGACCGUGCUCUCCCCGACAUCCCUCAGGCUUCCGAGAAGCCGUCAGCCCCGAAGCUUUCCAUCCAGAUCCCGUCUAGUUCCAUUCGUCCCCUCACCUCUUCCGGCGCUCCUAAGCUUUCUCCGCUUCCACGCCCACCCACAACGCCUAGCAAGACACCCACAACCCCGACGCGUAGUCAGAGCCCAUCCAUCAUGAAUCUCGACAAACGGUCCAUGGUCAGGCAACGGUUGGCACAACUGGAGAAUCCGACCGGAAGCCCGUCACCUGUGCGAGGAUCUCCCUUGUCCGCCGCAUCGCCAACGGCUUCCCGUGCCAGAUCUCUGCGAUACGGACCCGACAGCAGCGGCUUGCAUCGCCAGGCUACCUCUGCGUCUGGAGUCAUGGACUCGCUCGUCGAUAGCUACCGCGACACACCGAUUGACUCGCCGCUCUCUGCGUGUUCAGGCCGUCUGACUUCCGUCGCACCUUCUAGCCCAGCACGCACUCCCGCGACCUCCACCUUCCUCAAACCUCCGCCCCUCGCCCAGGACCUCUUUUCACCUGCGUCGAGAUACUCCUCGGACGACGAAGUCGCCCCGUCAGAGGGUGGCGUACCAAGUACGGCUAGGCGACCUAUGAUUCGACUUGAUACGGAUGCAGGCUCCAUGAAGACACCCGUCGCUGUUAGGGAGGAACGCGGGAUCUCUCACACGGUGACUUUGAGGACGAACCAGGACGUUGCCCCCGAUUCCUCAGACGACUUGAACUCUGACACUCAGCCCGCCGACUAUGGAGCGCUAGGGGAGAUUCAAAGCAAGGUGAAUGCGAUCUUGGACCAAGUCUCCCGACAGGGGAGAGCUAGCGCGACGGAUGCCAUCGACCUAUCCAGCGUUUUCACCAAGCUGGAUGAACUUCGGCUCGAGAUCCAAAGUGGAGCACAUGGAACGACACAGUCCCCCACUGGCCUUGCUAGUUCCGACAAGCUGAACGAAAUGCAUAUGAAAUUGGAGGCUCUGGCGACUCUGUGUCAGAACCUGCACGACCGUGAGCCGAGCGCUGGUCAGCCUACGGGCGAUAAUGGAGAGGCCGCGGAAAUCCUAUCCUUGCUGCAAGGCGCCCAAGAACAGUGGUCAUCACAUACGGAGCAGCAGACCGACAGCAUCCGCUACCUGAACGAGCUGAACUCGGUGGUGGCUCGAGGCUUUGUCAACCACGGAACCUCCCAGAUAGAGAACGUCGCAGCGGGCAUUCAGAUGCUCUGCAAGGAGCUCGGGCCCGGCAGUCUACUGGCGGAUGUCCGCAAGCUCUUGGUUGAGGCGAAGGGCAAGGAGGAAGGCUCGGUUGCCCUCCAUGCCGCCGUCAACGGCCUCAUUGCGGCCGUGCACGAGGACCUCAAGAAGAACGCUGAGGCGCGGAACAUGCUCACGACUGAGUCGGUAGUGGGUCUCAUUGACCGCCAACGACAAGACCAGGAGCGCAUGCUGCGCUCGCUUGGAACGGAGCUAUCCAACGAGAUCCGGGGGGAGCGCCUCCGCUUCGUCGAAGCUAUGAAAGAGGCCACCCAGAUCAACGUCCAGAUGCACGUCGAGCACUUCAAGAAAGAGCUCACGCGUGAAGUGAUGCUCAUGACGCAGGAGGUCAGCCGUCUGCAGCGAGAGCGGCAGGGGUUGGAGCAGCAGAUCGGGGACCUCUUCGCGUUCUACUCGAAGCAGAAGCAGGCGGGUGCACAGCUGUUCCCGCCGCAACAGCAAUCGCGGACCCAGCACCAUGGGCGGUCUCGCUCUGCUGGCCCACCGACGCCCGGAGCGCAACCGUUGCCAGUGCCAGGACCACCGGGCCCUGUAUGGUGA